AUGCCGGCAAUAUCAUCUGGCCGGAUUGUGAAGGCCCAAAGGGGAAAAAAGCCGCCCGGACAACAACACCAAAAGAACCACCGAUGGGAGUCGUUCAGCAGCAAGAUCGCCAAGCUCCAUUCGUUGGAUCCGCUGCGCAGAGUCCGGCGCCAUGACCUCGACGAAGCGACGGCAGGUGACGUCUCGGUGACGACGUCGUACUUCCGCAACGGGCUGGAGAAGUGGUCGGACCUGAACCUGUCGCGGAUAUUUACGGGUUUCCGACGAGCGGUGCAGCCGCUCAGCGAGAGCCUGCCGCAGAUUCUGCAUUUCGAGGCGCGGAUCAUGGAUGAGCUGACUAAGAGCAUCCGCGAGGCGCAGACGCUAGACGACGAGCGGGACGCGCUGGAGCCGCUGCUGGACUUGCUGACGGCAUUCGCGCACGACCUGGGGACGCGGUUUGUAGCGCGUGGCUACAAUGCGCGGGCCUUUGUGCUGCUGGUUGGCGUGGCACGGCACAACAGCGGCGCGGGCAUUGCACGGUCACAUCACCAGCAGAACCACGUUCUGGACGCGGCAGUGAUCGAGUGGACGUUUGCGGCGCUGGCGUUUCUGUUCAAGUACCUGGCGCGGCUACUGGUGCCGGACCUGCGGCCGACCUACGAUAUCCUGGCACCACUGCUGGGCGCUCAAGCGGAGGAAGAGGAGGAAAAGAAGGAUGAGGAAGAAGAAAGCACGGAACAAGCAGAAAAGGCAGAAGAGGCAGAAGAGGCAAAAGAGACAGACGAGGCAGACGAGGCGGAAACGACAGAAAAGACGGAAAAGGCAGAGUCAAGCGAGAAAGCAGAGAAAUUCCCUGCUCGCGUGCCCGGCCACAUUGCCCGGUUUGCGGCCGAGGCGAUGAGCUUUCUGGUUAAGAAGGCGUCGACACCGUCGCACCGCGAGACGGCGCUGCCGCUGAUCAUCGAGCACGCGCGGAACGGGCUGCUGCGGGCGGUGGAGGCAGCACAACGGCAGAACAAGCACAGGAACAGCAAGAGCGGACCGCAGCUGUACAUGCAGGGUCUGAUGACGCUGUUUGCCGAGUCGAUCAAGGGCUCGGGGACGUCGCUGCACUCGUCGGGCCCAGAGCUGUUUGUGGCGCUGGUGCGGGCGAUUCCGGCGGACGAGCUGAGCGCGGAGCCACAGGGGUCGACCUGGAGCGACGUGUGCUGCGGCGUGCUGACGAGCAUUGUGCACCACAGCUCACCGGAAGCGCUGCAGCUGGUGGUGGACGCCAUUCUGGCAGAGGGUUCGGCAGCAGCGGCAGCCGGCGGCUCGCCCUGGCGGCUCUCGAUCUACGUCCGGCUGGUGGGCGUGAUUGCGGGCGUGCGACGAGGCAGCAAGCUGGAGAGCUGGACAGAGCUGGUACAGUUUCUGGCCAAGACGCUGGAGACGAUGGUGGCGACUAGCAGCAGCAGCAGCAGCGAUGACGACGACGAGAAAGCGGUCUGGCCGACGGAGGCAUCGCUGGUGUGGCGACACGUGGUGGUCAACGUGGCGAUCGUGUGGAGCCAGGCUACGGUGGACGCGCUGAUUCCGUGGGUGGCUUCGCUGACGCAGGUGAUGAGUCGCGAGCGGCUGUCGCGCUGGUUCAUCCCGCUGUGCGCAUACGUGGUGGAGCUGAAUGUAGGCCGGUUCCGGGAGCUGCUGCAGAAGCCAUUUCAGCGGUUCAUCAUGGGCCGAUGGGCCGACGGGGGCAACGAGGACGUGCUGUGCGCGGUGCUGCCGGUCAUGGUUGGACGGGGGGGGUUCCAGAUGCCGAGAGCAGCCAGCAGCAGCAGCAGCAACAGUGGCUGUCUGUCCCUGCCGCAGUCAUGGCAGGAUCAGAUCGUCAGCCGAUUCGAGCAGCUUGAGAUCACGCCCUUUCCCGAGCGUGGAGCCUACGACAAGGACCCGGACACGUGGCGGGACCGCUGUCUGCCCAAGUACGCGGCGCUUCUGGACGUGCUAGACGUGACGGUGGCCCAUCCUUCGACGCUGGCACGCAUCGCCGAGCUACUGCUGCGCAAGCUGCGACUGGCGCUGCGGCCGACCGGCACGACGACGGCGGAGACGGCCUUUAUCGUCAGCCAGGGCUUCCGGUCGUACCUGCGCAUGACGGCGGCGCUGGCAGCGACGCCAGAUCCGGGCUUGUGGCCGCUUCUGCGCGCGGCUGCACCCCGGUUUGUGCGACGACCGGGCUUUCUCGAGGCGCUGCUGCAGUAUGAGGAGAGCUUGGGCAGCCAAGAGAGUGAGGCGAGUCAAGAGAGCGACGACAGCGGUGAUACGGAGGACCCGUUUGUCCAGGCGCUGGUGGACAAUCUCUCGUCGACAUCACAUCGGCUGCGGCUCGUCUCCCUGCUCAUCCUACAGCGGCUGUUGCGUGCUGAAGGACAAGAGGGCGAAAACGCAAACCUCCAAAACGAAUAUCAACGUCACGUGACGACACUCGACAGUAUGCUGCAGAUCGAGCAGAUCCCGUUUGGGCCGCAUAACGCGCGCAACAUGGCGGUGCACCUGCGCAAGCUGGCGCUGGCCUACGGACGCGUAGCAGACAAAACCUGGCUGCAGGCGGCGCUGCCGGCGUUUUUGUUCGGCAUGCUGUCGGUGCCGCUGGCGCCGGUGUGGGACGACGCGGUCGAGGCGAUGAAGCAGGUGGCGCAGGCGAAUCGGGCAGGCGAAGAGGCUGUGGCGCAGCACGCGCUGGCAUGGCUGGACGUGGGAAGUGGUCCGCGUGCGGGCAGUCCGUCCGGUUUGUACGGAUCAUCGAACCCAUCGGAGCAGCGCCUGCCGGCGACCGACUUUGACUGCUUCCACGUGGCACGGCUGCUAGCAGUGGCGGCUGACACGGAGGAGGUGGUGACGGAGCCAUCGACGCGGCUGCGACAGUCGUUUGAAGAGAGCCAGGCGGCCGUGGCGGCGUAUGGCGGAAUGGAGCGCGGCAAGGCACUCAAGGUGCUGGCAGCGAUGCCGAGCUUGGCUGAGAAGCGGUCACGGCGACUGGUGCCGCAUCUGUUGUCGUGGACGGAAGAAAGAGAGGAUGUUGAAGAGGAAGAGGAGGUAGAGGAGGGAGAGGAAGAAGUAGAGGCUGGCAAAGAUGUCGACGAGGACAUCAACAUGGAGGAUGUGGACACCGAACACACCGACAGCGACAACAGCUGGUCCUUUUCCGACAAGAAGGCGCUCGUGGUGGUGUUCUCGCUUUUUGCCAACGGCCAGGCACUCUUCCAGAGCGAGCGGGCAUAUGCAGCACUGCUGAAGCUGAUGGCCAACGGAGACGGCGACGUGCAGCGGCUGGCUCUCAAGGCGCUGCUGUCGUGGCGACAGGCCGGGCUGACACGCCACCGUGAGAGCUUGGAGGCACUUCUAGACGAGGCGCGGUUCAAGAACGAGCUGACGCUGCUGCUGCAGGGCGACGGGGAAGACGGACGGCGGAUCCAGCCGGAAGACCGACCGGUGCUGAUGCCGGUUCUGCUGCGGCUGCUCUACGGGCGGGCGAUUGCGAAAAAGGGCGCAGCUAGCGGCCGUCAGGGUCUUCACGCAACGCGGCUGUUUGUCAUCCGCAGCCUCGACGUCGCCAGUCUGGGCGGCUUCCUGCAGGUGGCUCUGGGCAGCCUGCAGCACGUGCGAGUGCUGGAGGCGAGCGGAGCCCUGCGCGCGAGCCUGUUUGACCGGGUGGGCGAUGACAGCCUGGUGCCAGCACGCAAGCAAGUCGGCGUGCUCAACAUGCUGGAGUCGAUCAUCCACGAGCUGGGCACCAAUGCGACGCCACACAUGGACGCGCUCGUCAACGCGACGCUGUACUGCCUCUUUUCGGCCUCGCGCGGACUGGGGACCGACCAGGCCGACACGACGUCCUCCCCCGACACCUCGCUCCGACGGGUAGCCAAGACGACGGCCCUUCGCUGUCUCUGUGCGCUCUUCCGCAAUGGCGGGGCCUUUGACUGGACGCCGUACCGGACCGUGAUCGUGGCCGAGGUCAUCAGCCCCGUGAUCGGACGGCUGCCACAGGAGACCACCCAGGGCGUCUCGUGGACCUGGCGGCUGCUGGGGACGUGGGCCGAGAUGCCGCGCUGGACGCUCUUCUUGGCCGAGGACGCGCAGAUCGUGCCGAAGAUGCUGGAGAGCCUGUCGAUGGACCGGGCCAAGGACGCGGUCAAGCUGUAUGCGUUGGGAGUCGUCAGGAGUUUGGUGGGUGAAGAAGAAGAGCGAGUGGAGGGCGAGGAGAGAGAGGGAGAGCAGGAGGACGAAGACAAGGCCACGAGACGCUCCAUCCUCUCAACGCUCGUCGAACCGAAUCUCGAUAUGGCCCUAGACCAGUUGGAUCACGUGAUGCGGCGAACUAGCGCCACGACGGGUGCCGAGAUCAGCCGGCCGCUGCUGGAGGCCUGCGUGGAUACGGUGGUGCUGCUGUCGGCGCUGGUGCAGACGUCGACACGCGUGCGAAGCCUCGUGGAUAUUGCGACAUGGCUGCUGAACCAGCCGUCGCGCCGGGUGAGUCCGCGAGUGAAGGGAGCGCUGCUGCGGCUGCUGGAGCGGUUUAUCCGGCUGGACGGACUGGGCGAGCAGGCCGACCUGCGAGACCGCGUCUUCGGCACGAUCGCCUCGCUCUUCUCCUUCUUCCGGGACCGGGAGAACCGGCUGGCGCUGUGUCGGGUGCUGUCGGUGUUUGCCGAGGGCCGUGGCAGUAGCAGCAGCGACGAGAAGGAGGAGGAUCUCCGUCCGGUGGCCGCGCUCUGUUUUGGCUUCAACGCCUACGUCGAAGGCCGGGUGGACGAGCCGGACUACGACCGACGGCUGGCCGCGUUUGGGGCGGUCGUGCGGGCGGAACCGGCCCUGAGCCGAAACCAGUGGCGUCCGGUGCUGCACAACCUGCUCUUCUUCUUGCGGCGGGACGAGGAGUUUGGGAUCCUGUCAUCCAACGCGGCCGAUGGGAUCGGGCGGUUCGUGCGCGACGCGACGCAACCGCAGACACACCAGCCACGCGAUGCCGCGUACGAGGACCUCCUGAAGAGCGUCCUGCUGCCGGCGAUCUACGGAGGGGCACGCGAUCCGUCCGAGACGGUGCGGCGGGAGGUGGCGCGGGUGUUUGGCGAGCUGAUUGCGACAUUACGGUCGUGGGGCCCGGUCUCCCAGCUGGCCGUGCUGGUGGAGGACGAGAAGGAGGACGAGGCGAGGACGAGGACGAGGCAGUUCAGAAGACGCAGACUGUCAAGACGCUCGACCUCGACGUCGACAUGUCUGAAACGCCCGACAGCCGGGCGUUCUUCUCCAAUAUUCUCAGCCCGGUCGUGGCCAAGCAGAUGCAGGCGAUGCAGGUGCUCGAGGGCGCCAGCCGGCGCCAUGGACUCGGCAGCCGUACACGUCAGCCAGUUCUUCAUCCCGCUGCUGGAACAGUUCAUCUUUGGGCGCGAGGACGGGGCGGACGACCACGGGCUGGGAGCUCAGGCGACCACGACGAUCGGACAGCUGGUGCAGGGACUCGAAUGGGGACAGUACCGGGCCGUGUUGCGGCGGUUUCUGUCGUUUGUGGAGUCGAAGCCGGAGCUGCAGAAGCAGGUGGUGCGACUGCUAGACCGAGUCGUGGACGCCUUCACGCCCGGACUCAUCGCCCACCUACACGCCAAGGACGAAGAGACAGUCAGCGGACGAGUACCAGUAGGCGUGGUGGUGGUCAAACUGCUAAGCCUGCUGCCACGAGCAUCACGUGACCAGCGAUUAGCUGGCGUGCUGACGGACAUCUGCCACAUUCUGCGCAGCAAGUCAUGGGAGUCACGCGAGAUGGCACGGACGACGCUGACACGGAUUGCGGUGAUCCUGGGGCCAGAGAGCUUUGGGUUCGUGAUCCAAGAGCUGCGAGGAGCACUGACACGCGGUUACCAGCUGCACGUGCUCUCAUACACGCUACACAGUCUGCUGCUGGCAAUGCUGCCGACAUGCAGUCCAGGCGCGCUGGACUACUGCGCCGAGACGGCCGUGGCGGUCGUGAUGGACGACGUGUUCGGGGUGGCGGGCCAAGAAAAGGACGCAGAGGAGUACACGAGCAAGAUGAAAGAAGUGCGCAGCAGCAAGAGCCAAGACUCGAUGGAGCUGCUGGCACGGACAACGUCCAUCGGACGGCUAUCGGUGCUGGUGGCACCGCUGCGAGCGCUGCUGCUAGAGCGCGUGGACCUGACGAUGGCGCGCAAGAUCGACACGCUGCUGGGCCGGAUCGCGUCAGGGCUUGUGCAGAACGAAGCAGCCGCUAGCCGCGAGACGCUGGUCUUCUGCUGGGAGGUAGUGCAGGAGGUCUACCGGGCCGACGACAAGACCGGAGAACGGGAUGCACGCGACCGCAAGAUGGAUCCGCGCACGAAGCGGUUUCUCUUCCAGAAGAGCACGCGCAACAACGUGGGUGGGCGGCAGGCGAGCCGAUUCACGCACAAGCUGGUGCGCUUUGCGCUGGACGUCUUGCGUUCGGUGCUGCGCAAGUUUGACAGUCUGCGGACGGCCGAGAACGUGGCCGGCCUGGUGCCACUGCUGGGUGACGCCGUGAUGGAUGGCGCGGCCGAGGAAGUCCAGACCGCUGCUCUCCGGCUGCUAGUCGUCCUAGUGCGUCUGCCUUUUCCGGCCGGCACGCCGGAGGCAGCCGCUUUUUCGGGGCUGUACCGCGUGGCCACGCGCGAGGCCAUCCGCACCGUCAGCACAGCCACCUCGACCGGCGGUGAGCACGCCCAGGCCGCCCUCAAGCUGGUGGCUGCCGUGCUGCGCGAUCGCCCUGACGUACCUGUCCGUGACGCUGCCGUGGACGGUCUGCUGACAAGACUGCGUGACGAUUUGACCGAGCCUUUGUAUCGUCACGUGACCUUUUCAUUUUUGCGGGCCGUUCUAACCCGCCGAGUGGAGACGGCCACAGUGUACGACACGCUGGAUCACGUGGGCACGGUGAUGGUGACCAACGACGACCGGGACACGCGCGACCUCGCACGCGGCGCCUUCCUGCAGUUUGUGCGCGAGUACCCGCAGCGGCGGGCGCGCUGGCAGGCCCAGCUGGACUUUGUCGUGGCCAACCUGCAGUACGGCCGCGAGGGUGGGCGGCUGUCGGUGAUGGACGCGGUGCUGCUGCUGCUGAACAAGACCGACGCAGACGAGCACGUCCAGCAGAUCGUGGCAGCCUGUUUUGCGCCGCUGGUCGUGUUGCUGGCCAACGAUGAGAGUCCGCGCUGCCGUGCGGCGGCGGCCGCCCUGCUGCGCGUGCUGCUGCGGCGGGCCAGCCGCGAGAACACGAACCGGUUCCGCGGCCUCUUUGGCGCCUGGCUGCAGGCCGAUGCGGCAGUGAAGCCGGCCGUUCUGCGCCUCGGACUGCAGGCAUACGGCAUCUAUUUUUCGUCGUGGGACGCGCUGGCCGACGGCGGCAGCGGCUUGGUGGACGCCCGUGCCGACGACGUCCACGCUGCUCUCAGCCGGAUCACCGACGUGUUGGGGGAAGCAACCCAGGACGACGAGACCACCCUCGUCGCUGCGGCCCUUCAGACCGUCCAGACGCUGCUCGACAUGGCGCCGGCCCGUACGCUCGACCCCCAGAACAAGACGCUCUGGCACCACGUCCAGCAGUGUCUGUGGUUCCGCCAAGGCACCGUGCGGCUGGCUGCCAUGCGCUUGAUUGCUCAGUACCUGGCCGACUUCCGGAGGCUGCAGCCGGCUGGCCUGGCCGACGGCGAGAAGAACGCGGCGACUGGCUCCUACGGCCUCGUCCUCGCUGACGACGACGUCACCCACAUGGUGCUCGGCUGUCUGAGCGUGUUGUCGGGACGCAGCGGACUGGGCGUGGAUGAGGCUGAGGCCGAAGAGGCUGCACGGAUGUUGCCGCUCCUCCCGCCGGCUCUCCGUCCCGUCCUCCCAAAACUCAAUGUCGCCGUCCUCGCCCAGCGUCCCGCGCUUGACCAGCUGCCCACGCUCCCGCACAAUCUCCUCCAGCGACCGCGCCCCGCCAAAGAGCCCGAGGUGGUCGGUGAUGACGUGCCGGUUGCGACAUGA